AUGUCGGACGAAAUUAUUUGGCAGGUCAUCGACAAGCAGUUUUGUAGCUUCAAACUAAAAACUACAAAAGAGAAGACUUUCUGCCGUAACGAGUAUAAUGUCACAGGUCUUUGCAAUAGACAGUCAUGUCCUCUUGCCAAUUCUCGUUAUGCCACUGUGCGAGCGCACCCAACUAAGGGCACCUUGUACCUAUAUAUGAAGACUAUUGAACGAGCCCACAUGCCAUCAAAACUAUGGCAGAGGAUCAAGUUGUCACAGAAUUAUGCCACCGCCCUGAAACAGAUCGAUGAUCAACUCAUCUACUGGCCUAAGUUCCUGGUCCAUAAAGCGAAACAGCGAAUAACUAGGCUUACGCAAGUGGCGAUACGGAUGAGAAGGCUAGCUAAGGAAGAGGCACGAUUAGGCGAGAAAGUUGUACCCAAGAUGGCACCUAAGAUUAGACGCCGAGAAGAGACAAGAGAACGUAAGGCAGAGGCAGCCGCUAAGUUAGAACGAACAAUCGAACGGGAGCUUAUGCAGAGGCUGCGCACGGGUGCAUACGGCGAUCAGCCACUCAACGUCAGCGAGACGAUCUGGAAGAAGGUCCUUAAUGCUAUGGAGCGCGAGGGCGAAGGAAAGAGGGACAAAGAUCUCGAUAAGGGUAUUGAAGAUGAGGAAGAAGAGGAAGAAGAAAACGAAGUCGAAUACGAGGAAGAAGACGACGAGCCUGACGGAGCAGUCGAAUAUGUUAGUGAUUUCGAAGAAAGCGAUGACGACCUUGAAGAUAUCGAGGAUUGGUUAGGAAGCGACGAGUCCGAUAAGGAAGAGGAUUCACAAAGCGAAGACAGCGAGGAGGAAUCAGCCAAGAAGGCUGUAGGCGACAAGAGGAAGAGAGCACGUGUUAUCAGCUCGAAGCCGAAGAAGGCGGCUCGACGUGGAAAGGAGAUUGAGCACGAGCAUGAGUUCGAACGGCAUAGGGAAGAACUUGCUUUCUAA